AUGGUACAAGGUUCAAAUUCGGCAAACAGCAGGAAAUAUAUUCUCCUCAACGUUUUCCUCUUCCUCCUAGCUACAGAAUUCGACAAAAGCAUUCAGUUAACGUUGAGCGAUUGUGGAUCAGAUUACAGACGUCCAGAGUACACAGACAUCUCGGUGGAGUGUGGAACGGAAUACAUCGGUCUGGCCAUCAAAUUCUGUCCUGUUCUAUACACCGGCUACAAUGAAUCAGAGUUAAUCCUCAACAACGUCUUCAAUAACCCAGAUUGCAAGGGGACCCUCGACGUUACCGCCUCACCUCCAGUGGCCCGAUUUAAGUUCCCGCUUAACUCAACCAAUGCCUGUGGCAGCAAUUUUGUUACGAUCAGAAGUGCAGGGACAGGCGCAUUCUCAGACUUCUCCAACAUCGAGACCGUCAACGUCAGUGGAGUUGUACGAUCGAUAGACAUCACAACAGGCACCGUGACGUAUAACGCCGAGCUGAAGUACUACUACUCGUGCUCCUAUCCUCUGGAGUACCUGAUAAACAACACUCGAGUGGAUGUGUCGGCCUCCUCGAUUGCAGUAAAAGACAACAAUGGCAGUUUCAUCAGCACUCUGAAACUUAGACUCUUCAGAGACAUAAACUACACCCAGCCUCUCGUCAUGCCUCCCAUUGGUAUUGAGCUGAGGACAAAUGUGUUUGUGCAAGUGGAGGCCACCAACUUGACCUCCCAGUACUUUUUGCUGCUGGACAGAUGCUAUGCCUCCAUUUCCAACACACCUGCCACCAACAACUACUUCAACCUCUUUGUGCCAUGUGAAAUGGAUCGGCUCACUAAAAUGCUGGUGAACGGGGAGAUGCAGCUGGCUCGGUUCUCGUUUCCUGCCUUCCGCUUUACAGAGCAGCAGAACCAGACAGUGUCAACAUACUAUCUGCACUGCAUCACAAGACUGUGUGAAAUAUCAAGUUGCAGCACAUUUAGGCAAUGUGCCAAAAGAAAAAGGAGAGACAUUGCGCCCACCACUCCUUCUGCAAAUGGAGUCACAGACAGCACCACCAUCACAUCUCCAGCCAUCGUCAUACGUGCAGAAAACGUGGUGGCAACAAAAGAGGAAGAUGUAUCAGUCAGCACGAAAAAACCUGUGGACUCCUCUGUGGGUCUCGGCGUGGCUGUGGGUAUCCUGGCAUUCGCCUGCAUCAUGAUCGUGGGAAUGGGAGCACUUUUCUACAAAAGACACUGGUACAACGCACCUACAAAAAUGCCCCGGUGAGCAGAGAUGCCCUGCUCCUGCUCCAAGAGAGGAUCUCCCACCACUGGAGAGCUGAGCAGGGCUCAGCGUAGAACUGUUUUCGGACAACAACUUCAUCUUUCCUAUAGUGUUUCUUGGUGAAUAAUCAUAGCAUAACGUGGUUUAGAAGAGCAACAGUGCAAUACAUCAGCUCUACACAUGAAACUUGUGUUUAAGUGUAGCUUGGACCUGGGGAUACAUGUUAAAAGCACAUCCAAAACAGAGCUUUAAUCCUUAGCAUAUAGAUAAGGCAAUAUGAAUUCUCUGUGAUUUUGUGUUUUUUGAAUUGAAGUGCAUUAAAAUUUAAAGUAUUGCCUGACCCAUCAAAUGAAUCCAAUCCCAGUGAGCACACGCUGUGGUACCUGUAAAGGAAGUAUGAAUGUGUGUGGAGGGUUUGGAAGUGAGAGAGCUCUUUAAGACAGUCCCUAAUAACUUCCAAAAUGUUAAACUGUAUGUGUUAUUUAUUAAAGACUUCUGCUUAACUCUCAUGAAAUGUUGAAACCCCCAAAUCUAAAAUAUACUCAUGUACAGCCCAAAACAUCCCUGCAUUCACAAUGAAACUUGUAACUUUUAAAUUAUCACUUUUGAACACAUACUAUAGCAGAGUAUUAUAGAUUCCUUCUGCUUGUCCAACUUCAUAAAUAAAGAAAUGGGAAUGAAAGCAAUUUUGAAUGAGAGUAGGCUGAAGGAGAGUGCAGCAAUGCGUUGAUUUUUAGAUCUGAAGUUAUGUUCUUGGCUCUGCACUUUGUAUCAUUAUAAUUCCUAUGG